GUAGUAGUGAUCUGUUUUCGUAAUAUCAUUGGGACCAGAUAACAGCCGUGCCGUACGUACAUUCUUGAAUUUACUGCUGUUGACCCAAAUAAAAAGUCUCGUGAAUUAUUUUUCCUAUAGUCGGUGUGGUGUCGCUAUUUCUUUGAAACAUUUCCUAAUUUUCUUCAUUGUGCAUAUAAUUAAAAUAAACAAUGUCUGCCAUCACAAAAGGAGUAUAUAUUGUUGCUGCUAAGCGCACAGCAUUUGGGACCUUUGGUGGAGCUUUCAAAAAUAUUAAUCAAACACAAUUACAGACAGCUGCGGCAAAAGCUGCCAUUGCUGAAUCAGGAUUAAGUGCGGACAAAAUUGACACCGUUGUUAUCGGCCAUAUCAUGACGUCUUCCUCUACCGAUGGCACCUUCUUGCCUCGCCAUGUCUUGCUCAACUGCGGCAUUCCAAUUGAUAAACCGGCCCUAGGUGUAAACCGGCUUUGUGGUUCUGGUUUCCAAUCCAUUGUAAACGGUGCUCAAGAUAUUCUUUUGGGUAGUGCUAAAGUUUCACUCACCGGUGGUGUAGAAAAUAUGUCGCAAACACCCUUUAUCGCACGCAAUAUUCGUUUUGGUACGACUCUUGGCGUUAACUAUAACUUAGAGGACGCUCUGUGGACUGGUCUUACUGACUCAUAUUGUAAAUUACCAAUGGCGCUUACAGCUGAGAAUUUAGCUGAAAAGUACAACAUUUCUCGCGAGAGGGUUGAUGAAUUUUCCUUGCGAUCACAGAAGAAUUGGGAGAAGGCACAGAAUGAAGGUGCGUUCAAGAGCGAGAUAGCACCAUUUAAACUAAAGGUGAAGGGCAAGGAAGUGGACUUUGCCGUAGAUGAGCAUCCAAGACCUAAAACUAGUUUGGAAGGUUUGGCAAAAUUACCAUCGCUCUUUAAAAAAAACGGCGUUGUUACAGCGGGUACAGCAUCUGGAAUCUGCGAUGGGGCUGCAGCUGUUAUUUUGGCUUCUGAAGAAGCACUGAAAGAAUUCAAUUUGAAACCAUUGGCACGUCUGGCAGCUUAUUCUUAUGUUGGAUGCCCUCCCGAAAUUAUGGGCAUCGGUCCAGUUCCAGCAAUCAAUAACGUAUUGAAAUUGACUGGCAAAAAAAUCCAAGAUAUAGAUCUAAUUGAAAUAAAUGAGGCCUUUGCUGCGCAAACUUUAGCUUGUGCUGAUGUUCUUGGAUUGGAUAUGAACAAAUUAAACGUUAAUGGCGGUGCUAUUGCAUUGGGCCAUCCGUUGGGCGCUAGUGGUAGCCGUAUUAUUGGCCAUUUAACCCACGAAAUGCAGCGCAAGAAAUUGAAAUAUGCUAUUGGAUCAGCCUGUAUCGGAGGUGGGCAGGGUAUAGCAUUGCUUAUUGAAUCAUGUUAGCCAACAUUUUGAGAUUCUACUCACGAAAAGUGAACAUUAUUGAAGUGUAGCAUUUAUAAUGUAAAGAUUAUUUGUUAAAUAUAUUUUUAAUCAGUCUA